GCGGUACAAGCGGCCAAUCGGUUAAGGAGUAGUUUGAAGACUUUUAAUACCGAAAGUGAUGACGGUGAUACUUUUGUCGUCCACGGGAAUUCUUUGAUCCCUUCGACGACAGAGCAGACGUUCACGGGACAUGAAAAUGCUAUUUAA